UUACUACAAUUUUGGUUGGCGAAUGAGAAGAAGGCAAACUAGGUGGAGACAAGUUGCUGCAAGGGGGAAGUGGGCGGUGCAACAAGUCAGUAAAGUACCCAUCAUCACAGUUUUUCUUUAUGACUAGCCCAUUUGCUUCUCUGAGUUAUGGAGCAUCAUUCCUUUUUUCUUACACCAAUUUGGCAUUACUUUCCCAACCCUUGUUUAAGAUAUUGAUGUCUUUGAUUUGUUUGUUAGUAUGUUAUCUGUGCCAAAUGGAAAGACUAAAGAAAAAUAGUCAUAAGUUCAUUAAAGGAGGAAGUUCUGAUUAGGCCAAUAGCAAAUAUGAAUUCAAUUUUAAAGAAGCAAACAAAAAAUGCUAAUCUCAAUUCUCAAGAAAUAAGAAAAAGAAGUUUCAUUUCCCAAACUCAAAAAGUCUCUCUUUCUCACCAAUCAUUCUCCUUCUCAUCAACAUGCACCACUUUCACUGAUUCUCUCUGACUCUUAUCUCUUAUGUUCCCAAGCCCAUACUUGUAAAGGAACCUGCUCCCAAAGCUGGUUCUGCAACUGAACAGAACGCUUAAUAGUAACAGCACUAAUGAAUCCACUCACAGUUUCAGAUUCUUCACAUUUUCCAACUCUCCUCAAACACCAUCUUAACUUGGCUUCUCUUCUACUUCUCAUCUUCUCCAUCACCCUUUUAAACUCAACUUCUCAAACCCACAACACACAUUAUCUCUUCGGUCUCCAGCUUAAGUCUCUUUUGGUGUAUAUAGAUAACAGAGAAUGGAAGAAGAUCAUCAGCAUCAUUCAGAAGAGGAGGAGGAAGAAGAAGAAGAGAUCAUGCUAACAAAAGAAGCCAACAAGAUAGACGAAGACACAUCUUCAUCUAGACUAUUCCCAUGCCUCUUCUGUUCUAGAAAGUUCCAUAGUUCUCAAGCUCUAGGAGGCCACCAGAAUGCCCACAAGAAGGAGAGAAAUGCUGCUAGAAGAGCAAAAAGUGCUUACGAUUUUGUCAACAACAAUGACUUGCUUCACACGUUACCUGUCUUCUUAUCCUCCCCCACUCCACACCACUUGACCAUCUUAAGCUACCCUUCUUCUGCGUCCGUUGCAUGCUUUCCAGCUACUCAUACCGACCUUCCAAUCUUCAAAUCCAACGGUGCUCAUUUCGUGUUGGCGUCAUCCCACCAAGGUAGAGAUAGCAAUGGAGGCUAUCUUGGUCAAAAUUGUGUUCAAAUUUUGGAUAAUAACUGUAACAUGGUGAAUAGUGAGAACGGUCAAAACCAGUGUCUUGAUCUCUCCCUCCAUUUGUAAUCUUAGGGAUUAUUGUUACAUUAGGGGGAAAUGAUCCGAUGUUCCCACACGUGACUCUUCUACGUAUAUGGUUCUUUCAUGCAUGA